AUGCAAGACAUUUGGAACUUAGAUGAGACUGGCUUCAUCUAUCGUGCUCUUCCAGACAAAUGCCAUUUUGCCAAAUCAAAGAAAUGUAAAGGUGGUAAGAAAUCCAAAGAACGUCUGACUGUUGGCCUGAUGACCUCUGCAACUGGAGAAAAGAAGAAACCAAUAGUUAUCGGAAAGUAUGCCAAUCCAAGGUGCUUGAAAAAUGUCCACAGAGAGGGCCUUCCUUGUCAAUAUUACAGCCAAAAGAAUGCAUGGAUGACCUCCGACAUUCUGCAUAAGAUCUUGAGUCAAUUUAACAGGGAAUGUAAAGCGAAAAAAAGAUCAAUUUUGUUGGUUCUCGACUCAGCUGGUUGCCAUCCGUAUGAUUUGAAGGGACGCUACUCGAACGUCAAGCUCGUGUUUUUUCCUGUAAAUUGCACAUCUGAGUUGCAACCUCUUGAUCUCGGCAUUAUUCAAAACUUCAAAGUUCAUUAUAGAAAGCUUUUGCUACGCUUCAUCAUCGCAAUGACCUCAAGUGAAAGGAACGCCUCAGAGAUCAGCAAAUCACUCAACGUAUUACAGGCAAUGAAUUGGGUGGGGGAAGCAUGGCAUAAUGUUAAGGUGACAACCAUCAGUAAGUGUUUCAAUUCUGGGGGAAUUUCCAGCAAUACACUGAUAGAAGACGAGGAGGCAGAUCCCUUCAGUGACCUCGAUGACAUCGAUGAAGAUCUCGAAAAUCUAAUUAAAGAAGUUUCACCCGAAACCACCAUCACUCCAUAUACAUACCUGCUAUCAGAUACCGAGCUGCCUAUAUGCUACUGCAUUGAUAAUGAAAAGGAACUGCUAGAUUCUUUAGUGAUAAAUGGGCAAGUGGAAGUGGUUAUAUCAGAUGAUAAUGAUGAUGAUGAUGAUGAUAAUGAUGAUAAUAAUAUACACGAAGUCACUCCGACCACCAGCUUGAAGAGCUAUCACGAUGUUGCAAGGUCGGUGAGAGACAUAGAAGUUUUUCUCAUCCAGCGUGGUCUUGCGACGAUAGCAAGUAAAUUCGCAUGCCUCAGUAGUAAAGUUGCAGCACAUGCACUGAAAAAGCAAUCACACCAGACGACGCUUGAAGAGUACUUUUUACAACAAUAA